AUGGCGUCAGUGCCGUCGAAGCAAAUCUUCCCACUGCUUUUCUUCAUUAUCCUCCUCUCUCUUUCCUGUCUCAUUCUAUUUUCUCUCACUUCAAGCCCGAAGGCCCAAAUCCAGACCCGAUUCCACCAAAUCCCCAUCCCAAACCCUGGCCCGAACUUCACAUUCAUUAUCAAAAUUCUCACCUUCAACCGGCUCUCAUCUCUCUCCCGGUGUCUCAACUCUCUCUCUAAGGCCCGCUACGAUGUCGGCGACAAAGUUCAUCUCCACAUAUUCAUCGACCAUUUCCAGCCAGAUCCCCAAAGAAAUGGCUCUGCGGAUUUGGACCAGAGGCUGGAACUCUCCAAGCAGAUCGUUAAUUUUGUCGAUGGCUUUGGUUGGGAAUUCGGGGAGAAGUUUGUGCACUAUCGGACUUCCAAUGCCGGGCUUCAGGCCCAGUGGCUUGAGGCGUGGUGGCCCGCCUCGGAUCAUGAGUUUGCUUUUGUCGUUGAGGAUGAUGUGGAGGUUUCUCCUCUCUAUUAUAGGUUUCUGAAGGCUGUGAUAUUGAAUUAUUACUAUAAUGCAUCAAAUUUUAGUCCUUCCAUAUAUGGAGCGUCAUUGCAAAGGCCUAGAUUUGUGGCAGGUAAACAUGGAAACAAGAUGCACUUGGAUGGUGAAGCUCGGAUUUUCUUAUACCAGCUAGUUGGCACCUGGGGCCAGCUUCUCUUUCCAAGACCCUGGAAAGAGUUUCGUCUGUGGUAUGACACACAUAAAGCUAAAGGCAUGAGGCCUGUCUUGGAUGGAAUGGUAACAACUGGAUGGUACAAAAAGAUGGGUGAGAAAAUCUGGACCCCCUGGUUUAUUAAGUUCAUCCAUUCUCAUGGGUACUUCAAUAUCUAUACUAAUUUUCUUCACGAGAGGGCUCUCAGCAUCUCUCAUAGGGACGCUGGUGUAAAUUAUGGGAAAACAGCAGGGCCAGAUUCGUACCUACUGAAUGAAAACUCUAUUGAUUUCAACUUAGUGGAAACUUACCCUCUGAACAGUCUCAAGUGGUACGACUUUUGUUUUAGGGAAGUACUGACCAAUAGAAUCGUGAGGAGCUUGAAUGACUUUGAAUCCAUCAUUCGAUCUGUGCAGACAAAUAACUCUGUGAUACUGUUGAGUGUCUACAGAAAGCCAGAAAUGAUUAUAAGGAAUAUUCUCUGCCACUUUGAGAAGCUGAAUAUACAGAACUAUAUCCUAAUUGGCCCAACUUCUGAUUUUCUUUACGAUGUUGCUAGAAGGGGAAAUCCAGUUAUUGAUGCAAGCGAGUUUUCUGACUUCAGUAAACUUGCCAAGUCCAUUAAUUUUCAAGAUUCUACUUUGGAGCUGAUCAAAGAGAUUUUAGUUAAGGCAUAUGCUACGAAAAAGAGUCUCGAACUAGGUUAUGAUACAUGGUUGCUAGAUGCAAACACAAUUCCUAUAAGUGGUAACUCAUUUCUUGAUUCCUUUGACCUGUCAAAUUUUCUUUAUCUUGGGAAGAGUACUGGACUUCUAUUUAUCAGGGGCUCAUCAUCUACUUCUAAGAUUUGGACCGACAAUUUCGUGUACAAUAUUGUUUCACUAGUGGACCCACUAAUUAAAGAUUCUGUUUCUCUUGACUCGAUUAUUUUCCAUGCAGUUGAGAAAUUACUAGAGAAGCAGAACAUGAAAUUUAGCAAUGUCGAUGAUAUGCAGCUUGCUUUGGAUAUCAGCGCCAUCCGUCCUAACUUAACUUCGGUCGAGAUGAAAAGUAAAUUUAUUUUCUGGUCCUCCGAAGAAGAGUUGGAUAAACUACAAGGGAAACUUGUAGUUUUAGACAUGUGGGUUGUGGACAGUGAUUUUUCAUGCACUGGGGUUUUCUGUCACCAGUCGUAG